CAGUGCUGCGAAUGCACCAGCGCAGGAAGAAUAGCAAAAUGUUAGGACUGGCCUAGCCAACGUAGAAUGUUCUUUUGGGAAGAAUGAAUGUGCCUCUCUUCGUUGCACUCUUUGUUCAGCUGUUCUGCGCCGCUGCAGUCACGGGAUCCGUGCACGUUUCCUUGGAGGAUCAGCGUGUCGGAGAAGGGAGCGUAUCUGGACGCAGGACUGGGAGACUAUAUUGUAGGGUUGGUAUUGGUUUCCACCUUCAGAUUCACCCCAGUGGAAGAGUUAAUGGGAGUCACGAGCCGAAUCAUUUAAGUGCCCUGGAACUGUUUGCUGUGUCUCAAGGGGUCAUAGGAAUCCGAGGGGUUUUCAGCAACCGCUUCCUAGCCAUGAACAAGAGGGGAUGGCUUCAUGCUACUGAGACGUUCACCGACGACUGCAAGUUCAGGGAGCGGUUCCAGGAGAACAGCUAUAACACGUACACUUCGGUGAUCCACAAGAACCGUCGGACUGGUAGAGAGUGGUUUGUAGCACUAAACAAGAGGGGGAAGGCUAAAAUGGGCUCCAACCCGAGAGUCAAGGCCCAGCACGUUUCCACGCACUUUCUGCCCAGGAUGAACCUCCAUGAGAAAUCAGAACAGAGCUUUACGAUAACAGCCCGGGAGCAGGAGAAGGUUCUUGCAGCCCCAGUUCGACAAAAGCCUUCUGUCCCAAAGGUUGCUAUCAGUACAAGGCAGAAAGGGUCUCAGACUGUCAAGUACUGGCCCAAAUUUCGAUUUGGAUAAAACCAGAAGUGUCUUAAACUUGGACAAAGCUUGAAAAUGGGACAACCACUGAAGACUUUAAAUCUUGUGUUUAUGAGGGAUUUUUUUUAUUAUCUGGCAAAGCAGCAUUCCACUUACCAGGCUUGUCAAUAAAAAUGGUCUCAAAAACAUCAGUUUUUCCAAAGCUGAAAAAUAACUUUUUGCUAUGGAGAUAUAAACAUUGUCACUGAAUCCUCCACAUGCUGUUAAUGUGUCUGAACAUUGUUCAACAAAAGGAUUUUUUUUUCCUUGAUAAUUUUUCAAAAUCCACAUUUUAUACCACAUAGCUAUCUAUUUAUAUGAUACACAAUAUUUAUGUUUGUACGUACAAAUGUGUUUAUGUGCAAAUGUCUCUUAACCUAUGUCCAAAUCUUGAAAAGUUAUUGUAUGUGAUGAGAAUGCAAAUAUAUUUUUCAGAUAUGCAUACAGG